AUGGCAGCCGACCUCCGAGCUGGAGACGCCUUCUGCUUGAAGGGCGAUGCUGGGGGCGGCAAGAGCACCUGGGCCCGCGCCUUUAUCCGCUCCGCCGCCCAGGACCAGGGGCUGGCGGUGGCGCCGCCGCCGCAGGGCCUGCGGCCCAACGAGUACAGCGGCCACGGCUUGGUGGAGCCCGCAGAGUUUGGAGAGCUGCCAAUACUUCACUAUGAUGUGGGCAACUUGUCACGGCCCAGCGACGCCGACUGCGAGGUCAUUGCGGGCACCUUCCCAAGGUCGGUGUCGGUGAUUGAGUGGGCGGAGAACCUGCGGGAAUGGGGCGCCGCGCCCGAGCAGCGCCUCGCAAUCUACUUCCGCCGCCUGCCCUCGCAACCUGAUGCGGAUGUGCGGCUGGUGACAGUGAUGCCCCACACCGGCGCUUGGGAAGUGCGCGUGGGCUUGCUGCAGGCCAACCUGGCCAUCUCGGGGCCGCCUGCAGGGCUGAUGAUGCUCAGCGACGACAUGGCUGCGCAGCUCACUGCCGGCAUGCCCGAGUGCCUCGCGUUUGCCACAUAG